GAAGGAGCCAGCGAGCGAGCGAGUGAGAGAGCGGGGCAUUUCUGCUCAGCUUCAGAGCGCCUCGGAGCCCGCCAGGGCGGCCACUGAUCGCAAGAACAGAGAGACAGACAGACAGACGGCUCCCGGAAGGCGCGCCGCCACCACCAGGUUAGCAGGGCGCGGAGACCGCGCAGGCUGGCGCCGUGUCCCGAGCCUCGAGUAUUGGAGGACGUGUGUGGCCGGAGCCGCGAGCCUUGAUCCGUGUCUUUGCCGGUGCCAGACUGAGGACGUCUUCCCCAGGGAGCCAGUGUGCAGAGGAGGGGCGUGCUGGUCACCAUGACAACAGAGACAGGCCCGGAUUCUGAGGUGAAGAAGGCUCAGGAGGAGACUCCACAGCAGCCUGAGGCUGCUGCAGCUGUGACCACACCAGUGACCCCUGCAGGCCACAGCCACCCAGAGACCAACUCCAAUGAGAAGCAUCUGCCCCAGCAGGACACAAGGCCUGCUGAACAGAGCCUAGAUAUGGAGGAUAAGGACUAUUGUGAGGCCGAUGGCCUGUCGGAGCGGACCACGCCGAGCAAGGCCCAGAAGUCACCCCAGAAGAUUGCCAAGAAGUUCAAGAGUGCCAUCUGCCGAGUCACUCUGCUUGAUGCCUCUGAGUACGAGUGUGAGGUGGAGAAGCACGGCCGGGGCCAGGUGCUGUUUGACCUGGUCUGUGAGCACCUCAACCUCCUGGAGAAGGACUACUUCGGUCUGACCUUCUGUGAUGCCGACAGCCAGAAGAACUGGCUGGACCCUUCCAAGGAAAUCAAGAAGCAGAUCCGGAGCAGCCCCUGGAAUUUUGCCUUCACAGUCAAGUUCUACCCUCCUGACCCGGCCCAGCUGACAGAAGACAUCACUAGGUAUUACCUGUGCCUGCAGCUCAGGGCAGACAUCAUCACAGGCCGGCUGCCCUGCUCCUUUGUCACGCAUGCCCUGCUGGGCUCCUAUGCUGUACAGGCUGAGCUGGGAGACUAUGACGCAGAGGAGCACAUGGGCAACUAUGUCAGUGAGCUGCGCUUUGCCCCAAACCAGACCCGGGAGCUGGAGGAGAGGAUCAUGGAGCUGCACAAGACAUACAGGGGCAUGACCCCGGGAGAGGCGGAGAUCCACUUCCUGGAGAAUGCCAAGAAGCUGUCCAUGUAUGGGGUUGAUCUGCACCACGCUAAGGACUCUGAGGGAAUCGAUAUCAUGCUGGGUGUCUGUGCCAACGGCCUGCUCAUCUACCGGGAUCGCCUGAGAAUCAACCGUUUUGCCUGGCCCAAGAUCCUCAAGAUCUCCUACAAGAGGAGUAACUUCUACAUCAAGAUCCGGCCUGGGGAGUACGAGCAGUUCGAGAGCACUAUCGGCUUCAAGCUCCCUAACCACCGCUCAGCCAAGCGGCUGUGGAAGGUCUGCAUUGAGCACCACACAUUCUUCCGGCUGGUGUCCCCGGAGCCCCCACCCAAGGGCUUUCUGGUGAUGGGCUCCAAGUUCCGGUACAGCGGAAGGACCCAGGCACAGACCCGACAAGCCAGCGCCCUCAUCGACCGGCCGGCACCCUUCUUUGAGCGUUCCUCCAGCAAGCGAUACACCAUGUCCCGCAGCCUUGAUGGAGCGGAGUUCUCCCGCCCCGCCUCAGUCAGUGAGAACCAUGAUGCGGGGCCUGAUGGUGACAAGCGGGAAGACGAUGCUGAGUCAGGGGGACGGCGAUCAGAGGCCGAAGAAGGAGAGCUCAGGACCCCCACCAAGAUCAAGGAGCUGAAGCCGGAGCAGGAAACCACGCCAAGACACAAGCAGGAGUUCUUGGACAAGCCAGAGGAUGUCCUACUGAAGCACCAGGCCAGCAUCAAUGAGCUCAAGAGGGCCCUGAAGGAACCCAACAGCAAACUCAUCCACCGGGAGCGAGAUCGGGAGCGGGAGCGCAGGCUGCCCUCGUCACCCGCCUCCCCCUCCCCCAAGGGCACCCCUGAGAAAGCCAGUGAGGGCUCAGAGCAUUGGGUAUUUAUAGAAAGAGUAUACACUAGGCCAGAAGAACUUGGCCUCCUAACAGUGGCCACCACACAACGGGAAGAAAGUGAGGCAGGCCUCGCUGAGAUCCUUGCUGAUGGCAGACUCUCCAAGGUAGACAUUCUGGUGGACAAGUUCAAAGUUGAAGUGGCCACGGAAGAAACAGUGGGAGCCAGAAGAGCAAGCACUCAACAGCAAGGGAAGAUGGUCGUAAGUCCAGAAGUCUUCGAGACAAUGAGAGAGGAAGGCCUGUGCAUCAGGGGAGGCCCCAGAGAGGCUUCCCAGGCUGCAGCCUGCACGCCACCAGCCAAGCUUCUUGAGGGCUCCAAGCUCAAGAUCAGGAACCGCCGCAUCUCAGAGGGUCAGCUGGAGAGCCCAGUAGAGCCGAGCAAGGGGCUGGAGGGGCUCCAGUCUUGGCAGAGACCUGCAGCUACGGGAGCUGGGUCAGGGCUAGGAGAAGUUCUCUCUCCUGCAUCAGACAAGGGAGGACUCCAGUCCUUCCUGUUGGAUCCGGCCCAGGCAGAAGCCAGGGCUGACUCCAGCGACGAGACUGACACCUCCUUUGCAGAGAGGAGCUUCUGUCUAAACUACGGCGAGAAAGACUCAGAAGACCAAGUUCCGCCCCCACCCUCAGAGGACAGAGAAGAGCACCUGGAUGCCCCUCCUGGAGAUGGGCCCUGGCCGGAGCUGGCAGGGGAGCACACAGAAUGCUGGGAGCUGAAGUCCUCAGCCCCAAGGGGUUCUGCCCCAGGUUCCAGCCAGAAUAAAGAUGAAACCCAUAUGGAAGAAGCCCGGUCCCCUAGGGACCAUGGGAGGCCUGGUGACCUGCAGGGAGCUGCUGUGGGACAGACUUUUGCAGACUGGGAAGAAACGCAGCAAAGGCUGGAAGGAGAGUUGACCUACCCAAUGGCAAGGGCAGCUGAAGAUGAGGAGGCCGCCAUGACUACAGAUUGGAUGGGAAAGACUGAGGAAAGUCCCCCCCCAGCCGGAUGGAGGAAGCAGCCCCCUGGUGGAGGAGGAGGAGGGGUGCACCUAGAUGCCCAGGCCUGUGCCCUUCUGAGGACCAUCCCUCCUCAUGUUAGGAAGCCAGUCAGGCCAAACCAAGGCGGCCUUCUGCCCAAAGAGAAGAGGGCAAUUUCCUCUGAGGCUGUCGAACCCAAAACAGAGGACAGGGAGGCAGUCAUCCCCCUGCCAGCAGCUGUGGAGGACACUUCUCAAAGCCCAGUCUCUCCUGGGCCAGGGAAGCCUUCGGAGUUCUGGGAUCCCUUUGGAGAUCAGGUCCCCAUAGUUUUCAAACACAUCCAUCUUCCUGAAGAGAGCCCCGUGCCCAAGGACACACGAGGUGAACGCAAAGUGCCCCCCGUUGCCAGCAAGAAACCCCGAGCUGUCCCUGAAGGAGCUGAGGGGUUUGUGUUCCCUUCAGAAAAGCAAAAGGAGACUUCACUCUGGGCUGGGGACCAAGGGGGUUCCCAGGAAGAUAUUAGCAAGACCUCAGUGGCUAACAAAAUCCGGAUAUUUGAGACCCAUGGAGCUGAGACUUGCCGAGCCAGUCAGGGUGAACUGAGGGCCCUUCCACAUGAGCUGCCUUCGGAGGCUUCCCCAGGGCAGGUAGAACAUCCGCGAAAUAGGCUGCUAGACUUGGGCUUUGGCCAACUCCAGCCCCCUGAGGACUUGGCCAGCCCCAAAGUUACACACUCCUCUGUCAUGCCUCUGGCUACCCAGCACUAUGGGGAGGGCACCUCUACUACCUCCCACCAGGAAAGAUGCACAGAACCAGAGCUCGUGUCCCCUGAUUCAGGAUGUGAAACCACGCUGGAGGAAGCUACCGGGAACAAAUCCGGAGAUGCGGGCAGGGAAGAGAAGAGCUUCUUCAGCCACUUAGCACCAAACACCCCUGGGAAGGGGGGGCGCCUGAGAUUCGCCAGCCCUCCGGGCCCUCAGAGAGCAGGGCUGAGGGAGGGCUCGGAGGAGAAAGGCAAGCCACCACGUCCUCGUGCCCCAGAGAGUGACACAGGAGAUGAGGACCAGGACCAGGAGAGGGAUGCGGUAUUCUUGAAGGACAACCACCUGGCCAUUGAACGCAAGUGCUCCAGCAUAACGGUCAGCUCCACAUCCAGCCUGGAGGCUGAGGUGGACUUCACGGUUAUUGGCGAUUACCACGGCAGCGCCUUUGAAGACUUCUCCAGAAGCCUGCCUGAGCUGGACCGUGAUAAGAGCGACUCUGAGACAGAAGGCCUGGUGUUCGCCCGGGAUCUCAAGGGACCCUCCAGCCAAGAGGAUGAGUCUGGGGGCAUCGAGGACAGCCCAGACCGAGGGGCCUGCUCCACUCCCGAAAUGCCCCAGUUUGAGUCUGUGAAGGCAGAAACCAUGACCGUCAGCAGUCUAGCAAUCAGAAAGAAGAUCGAGCCAGAGGCCAUGCUGCAGAGCCGAGUCUCCGCUGCGGACAGCACCCAGGUUGACGGGAGUGCCCCAGUGGGGAAGGACUUCAUGACGACUCCCCCCUGCAUCACCACAGAGACCAUCUCCACCACCAUGGAGAACAGUCUCAAGUCCGGGAAGGGGGCAGCUGCCAUGAUCCCAGGCCCACAGACGGUGGCCACGGAAAUCCGUUCUCUUUCACCGAUCAUCGGGAAAGAUGUCCUCACCAGCACCUACGGCGCCACUGCGGAAACCCUCUCAACCUCCACCACCACCCAUGUCACCAAAACUGUGAAGGGAGGGUUUUCUGAGACAAGGAUCGAGAAGCGCAUCAUCAUUACCGGGGACGAAGAUGUCGAUCAAGACCAGGCCCUGGCUUUGGCCAUCAAGGAAGCCAAACUGCAGCAUCCAGACAUGCUGGUAACCAAAGCUGUUGUCUACAGAGAAACAGACCCAUCCCCGGAGGAGAGGGACAAGAAGCCACAGGAAUCCUGACCUCCGUGAAGAGAUGCUGGCGUGUCUGGUCCAACCCAAGCCAGAGAACCAUUAAGAAGGGGCCUUCAUUCUGGAUUCUCCGACAACACCAACAUCCCAGCUGCGACGUACUGUCACUGAUGAGAGACUGGGAAGGGAAAGCAUAUAUAUAGAGAUAUAUAUAGAUAUAGAUAUAUAUACAGGAAACACCGCGUCCGUGCGCGGCUGCUGAGGCUGGCGGAGCAGUCAGCCGAUGGCGACAGCCAACAUCUGCAACAACCUUCAUUUCCUUUGCAGACAAAUUGAAUUGGUGGAAAUUUUUCUUUUCAGGAAAAUAUGUAACAAUCAUAAUCUCUCGCUCCCCCGCCCCUUUCUCCUGCCAAACUACAAAAGCAGACCAUGAUGAUUGUAGAUGUCCCCGUGAGCCCCGGCUGCACACACUCCAGGAUGGGUGAGCACCCUAUUUGUUCUCCAGCCUCUGUUGCUCCUUCUAAUGCAAAGGAAGAAGAAAAAAAAUAAGAUCACGUAGCCAAGCAAGAGAAGUCACAGCAGCAAGACAUGCACAGUCAACUGUUUUCCAAGAAAGGAAGAAUGGAAGUCUCCCACUUGGAGGAGGAGGGGGAGGAACACUCAAUUGUUGUUUUCUGGGUCUUGACACCGGGCUGUGAAAUCCCUCUCUCUGUUCUGCCUCCCGCUUCACCCUUGACUCCUGCUCAUCUUGUCUCCAUUUUCUGUCUCAGCUCCCUCCUGCCUCUCUCCCCUCCUCUUCUGUGUCCUGGUCCUGUGAGGGCCACUGCAGAUGACUCUCAUUGGCAGAAAAAGAGACUGCAAGAGCAACAGGAAGCCAUGGGAAGGGAAGUAGACGUUGUAUGUUUCCAGUUUCUCAUGACGGAGGUGCAGCUCGUAGGAGAGUGUAUGACUGUGAUUUUAAGUUAUGUAUAUUACAUGUAACGGGAAACAAAUAUUAAAAUAAACUGUGCUGGUAAGUAUGCA